CUUGGGGUCCUACAUCUAGCUGUUUGCGGUGACGUCAUUUCCCACAGACAGCACCAACAUUUUUUUGGCUAAUUAUCAAAAUCCAAUAUUUUCGGGACUUUUUCUGCGUGGUAUAUGAAUUAUGGCACUGGAAACUGUCCCCAAAGAUCUGCGUCACCUGAGGGCUUGUCUACUUUGUUCACUCGUAAAGACCAUUGACCAGUUUGAGUAUGACGGCUGUGACAACUGUGAGGCCUACCUGCAGAUGAAGGGGAACAGAGAGAUGGUUUAUGAAUGCACCAGCUCCUCCUUUGAUGGAGUCAUAGCCAUGAUGAGUCCUGAAGACAGCUGGGUGGCUAAAUGGCAAAGGAUAGGUAACUUCAAGCCAGGCGUGUAUGCAGUGUCAGUCACAGGCAGACUACCUCCAGGUGUGGUUAGAGAGCUGAAAAGCAGAGGAGUGAUCUACAAAUCCAGAGACACAGCAGUAAAGUCAUAACUAUUUCCCAUUUGAAGGAUUGAUCCACUCAGACCUGCAUCGUACAUCAGCACCACAUCUGGGAUGUCUUAUGGAGCUGUUGGAUUGUUCUGUUUUUGUUGUAAUGAUACAAGCAAAGGCGAAAAUUUGUUUUUUUGGCGGGGCAAAAAGGAGCAAAAAUAACGUUUUUUUUUUUUUUUUAAGAAUUGUUGUACCUAUCAAAGUCUGUAUGGUUUGGCAUCUGUGUGUAGAGAAUUGCAGCUUUAACUCUUUCUACUCUCAAUUGUUUGUUUAUGUGUGAACAGCUGAGUCAGUGAUGUUGAUAUUUUUCAAUAAAACAUUCAUUAAAACAGCUGUUGUUUUA